AUGAUGAAUACAUCAAACUUAACUAAUGAUGAAAUCUGUCAAUAUUUGUUUCGAUGUGCUUUAUCCGAUGGUUUCGAAUAUGAUUGUCCAUGUAAUAAACAAAAUUGUACAGAAAUGAUGAUAAAUACAUGUAAAUAUUCAGAAUAUUUAAUCAGUUACCCACCAAAAGGAUUAAUCAAUUCAAAUAUUAUCAUUCUGUAUAAGUAUGAUCAUUCUUUGGAUAAUCCAAGUUUUCGGUCGUUUCUCACUGGAAAUAUCAAAUGUCGAGGAUAUGAAUUUCAAACAGAUGUUCUGUUAGAAUUUUAUAUCCAGAAAUAUAUGGAUGAUGGCCAUUUCAUCAAUCAUUUACUUUGUAAAUUAGAUAAUUCUGACUUUGGAUAUCGAAACAUUUCUUCACAAUAUCAAUACGACAAGUUCUGUUGGAAUAACUCAUUAACAUUCAAUGGUCGCCCAUAUGCUGUUAAUACUCGUGCAUGUUCUUCAUCAAAAGAAUGUAUAUCACAAUAUCGAAUCAAUGAUGGAUCGAGGGAUUGCUUUGAUCUGGAAGAUGAGAGUGACGUUCUAAAUAAAAGUUAUUGCACAGGAAAUGUCGGACGACAUCGUUUUCAAUGUCAUAACAAUGAACGCAAAUGCCUUCCAGUGACUAAGUUAGAUAUCGAAAAAACUUUUUGUUCGAAUCGUUACGAUAAAAGCUGGUAUGGAAAUGGUAUUCCACUUCAAAAUCAACUUAGAUGUAAGCCAGAAGAAACUACUGACUGUCAUCGCAUUAAAGAGUACAUUCAACAAUCAUCGAAUAAUAAUUCAAAUAAUUACGAUACAUUUAUUAGUUUUCAACAACAGAAUUUAAAAGGCCGUAUGUUUUUUCAAUCACAUUGUGAUACUUUUUGGAAUUCUGAUACACAUAUUGAUGAAAUGCCUUCUUCAUGUCAAUAUUGGGUAUGUCGAGAUUAUCAAUAUCAAUGUCGAACAGGACAAUGCAUUCGUGAGAAUUGGGUUUGUGAUGGUGAAUGGGACUGUCCUGAUGCAUCUGAUGAAGAAGUUUUUGUAUUAAUAGAAAAAACAUCAAAACAUAAUAAUCGUUUACCAAAUUUUCAAUCAUUACUUGUGAAAUGUCGAGAAAAAUAUCCUAAAAGUCCAUUUUCAAAUGUUUGGAAUACAUCUUUCGAAUUCGGUUGUUAUCUCUCUCAAGUGUCAAAUCCAUUGAAUGUUAGUUUGUAUCGUCCAUGUAUUAAUCUCACUCAAAUUGGUGAUAGAAUAGUGGAUUGCUACAAUGCCUAUGAUGAAAGAAAUACAUUUUCAAUCAAUUCUAAUAUGAGGAAAAUGUGGGGCCUUCAUUUUCGUUGUGCUGACAAGCAUUUGUCUUAUGAAUCAGCUUGUACUCAUUUAUUUAAUUGUACCAAUAUUCAAUGCUCGUACAAUCGAGAUGAAACUGGAUUAUGUUCUGAUAAGAAUGACUUUGUUUGUCUUAAGGAAAAUCAGUGCAAGAAAAAUGGAUGGUGUAAUGGAACAUUCGAUUGUUUCUACGGAGAAGAUGAAUAUUGGUGUUCAUCUCAUUCUCGUAUCACAGAUUCAACAGCAUAUCGAUACGAAAAAGACAAAUUCAUCGACUCAAUGACUCCUCAAGUAAUCUAUCCAUAUUUAGAUGCAUCAAAAGGCAGUAAAUAUCCUUCAGCUAAGUCUCCUGUCAAUUCUGAACCCGAAAUGUCUUCUGAGAAAUAUUCAUAUCAAUGUAACCGCGGUAUUGCUGUUCUUCAGAUGAAUGAAACUCGAUGUUUAUGUCCACCGGCUUAUUUUGGUGAUUUUUGUCAGUUUUUUAGUGAUCGAAUUAGUAUUAUUGCAUCUGUUGAUCAGAAAACUGAACUAACAACAAUAUUGAACCGAACGCUUAAAAUUCGAGCCAACCUUCUAUUCAAUAAACAAAUUGUUGAUCAUCAUGAAUUUCAUAUUGUUUCAAAAUUAGAAAAAAGUCAAACGAUUAAACAUAGAUUUUAUCUUCUCUAUUCAUCAACAAUGGAAAUGCUUUCAUAUAGACGAAAACGUUAUUUUAAUCGAACUGAUAUAAUCACUAAUCAUCCAUAUGAAAUUGAUUUUCAUGUUUUCAUACUUGAAAAGAACAAAAUGGCAGAAGAAAUCGGUUCUUGGUAUUAUCCAAUUUAUUUUGAUUAUUUACCUGCAUUUCGUCUAGCAGUUGUAUUAAAAUUUCCAUCUUCAAUUCAAAAUACAACACUUGUUCCGUACUGUCAACAAACGUGCAAAACAAAUUCGAAUUGUCUUCCAAUUUUUAAUCAGAACAAUUCUUAUUACUGUUCUUGUAAAAAUGGUUAUUUUGGAUCAAACUUUCAUACGUAUGAAUAUCUUUGUAAGACGUUUUGUUCAGCUAAUGCACUGUGUCGAGUUGAUGAAUCUGAUUUCCGAACGAAGAAGAAGAAACCUUAUUGUAUUUGCCCAUUGGGCCAUUUUGGAGCGCGUUGUCAUUUGAGAUAUAAUGAUUGUUAUUCAAAUAUAUGCUUAAAUAAUGGAACUUGUAUUACGUAUUAUGAUCCAAGUGGGGAAAACCUUUUACAAUGUAAAUGUUCAGAAGGAUUUUUUGGACGACAAUGUGAAAAUGUGAAGCCGUCUGUUCACGUUCAUUUGAAUAUGACACAGUCAAUGUCUACUCGCGCGGUUGUUAUUCAAUGUUAUGAUUAUCCUUUUCUCUCUCCCGUACUUGAAACUAAAGAUCAACAGCUUUACAAAACUUUACCAUCAUCAGUUAGAUUGUAUCAAUCGAAACAGUCCAUAUCUGCACUUGGCAUUCUCAAAAUUUAUCAAGAUCUAUUACAAGCACAAUAUUUUCUUAUUUAUUGUCUAACAUCUCAAUUGACGAUUAACAUCACAUCAUCUCCACAAUAUUGUUCACAUGCUUCUUCAUUAUUACCUAAAGAAUUAGAUCAGUCUAUUGAAAACGUUUAUAAAUAUCAUCAAAUUUGUCGACAUGACAUAAAACCUGUCUGCUUUUAUGACGAAGACUAUUUUUGUAUUUGUCAACAAGAUCAUUAUCGUGCUGAAUGUUUUAUUCGCGAUAUUGAACGGGAUUCUUGUGAGAAAUGUUUAUCUGGAGGAAAAUGUCUUCAAGGUGGUUUAAAAAAUCCAAAUGAUUUCCUUUGUCUUUGUCCUAAUUGUCAUCAAGGACACCAAUGUGAAUUUAGUAUGGAAGUAUUUGGUGUCACUGUCGAAUCACUUCUUAUUGAUUAUUCGAAACAAGUCAAGAUUACCUAUACAUCGAUCGUGGUUUUUUCUCUUUCUGAUUGGUUUNAUUGGCGAGAAAUUUGUGAUGGAAAGCAAAGAUGUCCAAACGGAAUUGAUGAAGAAAAUUGUGAUAAAUUAGCAUUCAAUGAAUGUGAAGACGAUGAAUUUCGAUGUACAAAUGGAAUGUGCAUUGCAGAAGUAUUCUGGCUCGAUGGUCAUUAUGAUUGUAUGGAUUGGAGCGAUGAAUAUAAUUCUGGUAUUGGAGAUUGGUGUUGGUUGGAACCGGAUGCCAUCGAUUGUGAUGAACAUUUAUGUUUACCUCCUCUUUAUUCAUGUGGUGAUGGACAAUGCAUUUCAUGGAAUCCUCUAAUGGCAAUUGAACGAAUACUAGAUUUUGACGAAGACUGUUUUAAUAUGCGCAAUCUAAAUUAUAUGUGCGAGUUGAUCUAUCCUCAACCUACCUGGACAUUGGUAGAUGGAUUAUGCUGGCCAGAUAUAGGCUAUGAUGAUCCUCGAUAUCCUCCAUGGAACAUGAUGAAUACAUCAAACUUAACUAAUGAUGAAAUCUGUCAAUAUUUGUUUCGAUGUGCUUUAUCAGAUGGUUUCGAAUAUGAUUGUCCAUGUAAUAAACAAAAUUGUACAGAAAUGAUGAUAAAUACAUGUAAAUAUUCAGAACAUUUAAUUAGUUACCCACCAAAAGGAUUAAUCAAUUCAAAUAUUAUUAUCCUGUAUAAGUAUGAUCAUUCUUUGGAUAAUCCAAGUUUUCGGUCGUUUCUCACUGGAAAUAUUAAAUGUCGAGGAUAUGAAUUUCAAACAGAUGUUCUGUUAGAAUUUUAUAUCCAGAAAUAUGUGGAUGAUGACCAUUUCAUCAAUCAUUUUCUUUGUAAAUUAGAUAAUUCUGAGUUUGGAUAUCGAAACAUUUCUUCACAAUAUCAAUACGACAAGUUCUGUUGGAAUAACUCAUUAACAUUCAAUCGUCGCCCAUAUGCUGUUAACACUCGUAUACCAAAAAAACUUUUUUUUUGUUCGAAUCGUUACGAUAAAAGUUGGUAUGGAAAUGGUAUUCCACUUCAAAAUCAGCUUAGAUGUAAGCCAGAAGAAACUACUGACUGUCAUCACAUUAAAAAUUUUCAACAACAGAAUUUAAAAGGUCGUAUGUUUUUUCAAUCACAUUGUGAUACUUUUUGGGAUUCUGAUACACAUAUUGAUGAAAUGUCCUCUUCAUGUCAAUAUUGGGUAUGCCGAGAUUAUCAGUAUCAAUGUCGAACAGGACAAUGUAUCCCUGAGAAUUGGGUUUGUGAUGGUGAAUGGGAUUGUCCUGAUGCAUCUGAUGAAGAAGGUUUUGUAUUAAUAGAAAAAACAUCAAAACAUAAUAAUCGUUUACCCAAUUUUCAAUCAUUACUUGAGAAAUGUCGAGAAAAAUAUUCUAAAAGUCCAUUUUCAAAUGUUUGUAAUACAUCUUUCGAAUUCGGUUGUUAUCUCUCUCAAGUGCCAAAUCCAUUGAAUGUUAGCUUGUAUCGUCCAUGUAUUAAUCUCACUCAAAUUGGUGAUAGAAUAGUGGAUUGCUAUAAUGCCUAUGAUGAAAGAAAUACAUUUUCAAUCAAUUCUAAUAUGAGGAGAAUGUGGGGCCUUCAUUUUCUUUGUGCUGACAAGCAUUUGUCUUAUGAAUCAGCUUGUACUCAUUUACUUAAUUGUACCGAUAUUCAAUGCUCAUACAAUCGAGAUGAAACUGGAUUAUGCUCUGAUAAGAAUGACUUUGUUUGUCUUAAGGAAAAUCAGUGCAAGAAAAAUGGAUGGUGUAAUGGAACAUUCGAUUGUUUCUACGGAGAAGAUGAAUAUUGGUGUUCAUCUCAUCCUCGUGUCACAGAUUCAACAGCAUAUCGAUACGAAAAAAAUUAA